GAUACCAUCCAUCCUAAAAAUAGAACCAAUCACUCAGCCAGCCAAGCACACACACACUGAGCUCUCUCUAGUCAAUUCUGUCUUCUCUAAAAGUUAGGAAAAUAAUUUAAAACAUUUACAGAAACUACGUCAACUCUAAGAGAAGUCAAGAUGCCAAAGAUUGUGAGACCAGAGGACUGUCAACCAGCCAGAACUCUGUGGUACGACCGGAAAAAGUACGUCACAAUCAACUUUGUGGUUCAAAACCCAAAAGAUGUUCAGGUAGAUAUUCAGGACACAAAAAUUAUUUUGAGCUGUAAAGAUGUGGAUGACAACAAUAUCUACAAUGAGAUUGAAUUUUAUGACCGCGUAUUUAAAUCUGAUUCAAGGGAGAAGGUCUUUGACCGAACAAUUAAUGUCUUAAUAAGGAAAGUAAAGGAAAAUGUGGCAUGGCCACGACUCCAGAAAGAUCUAGCAAAGCCAGCAUGGCUGUUAGUAGACUUUGAUAACUGGAGGGACUGGGAAAAUGAGGAGGAAGAUGGCAUGGCAGAAUAUGAUCAGUAUAUGGAUAUGCUUAAUGAAAUGAAGAACAAAGGAGAGCCACCUGCCAUGGAUGACCUGGAUGAUCUUAGUGACUGAGUGGAGCACCAUUAUCCAAGAUGGAUCUUUACGGCCCAGUUUUUCUAAAUGUUAUGAAUGCAGUAAAAGCCAAUUCACACUGCCCCGAUAAACUUGCAAUAGAUUUUGGGUUUUGUUGCACAUAAACAUAAACCCUGUUGUUGGCAUUGUGAGCUAGACUAACCGUAUGUAAUAUGUAACUGUCACAUGUUUACCUUAGAUUUUCUUGACUUCCUUGCAAAACAAAUCAUUGUUUCUUUGUGAGAAACAAAAUUAGUUGUGUAUUUAUUUUCUAUUUGUGCUGUUAUAAAUACAACUGAGGAAAUUGCUUAUGUAUAUUCGUAUGCUAUAAAAUGUAUGUUUUCUACAUUAAAGACUUUAAUGUCAUUAUCUGUGA